AUUAUUAAGUACUAGUUUUGUUAAAAGUGACUCUAGUGUUCAAACAGCUGCUAAACUUGCAAGACAAGUCUUGAAAGAUGAAGGUAUUGGAACUAUCAUGACCAUAAUGGACAAUUCAUCUGAACUUGGUGGAUAUCCAUUUGGCAUCAUGGAAUACUAUAGCGAACAGUGUUUUGAUAAUGGAAAUUUAUUGCUUUAUAUGUCAGAUUUGCAAUUGAGUGCAAAAAACAUGCAUCAUCAUCCAACCCGUCUUAGCUUUACUGUACGCGCCACAAAGGAAUAUAAUAAGCCCAUCUUUGGUAAUAAAACGACACCUGUUGAGCAACCAAGAUUUACGCUCUUUGGAUCUGUGUCGAUUGUUCCCGAUGAUAAGACAGAGGAGGCUCUCAGGUGCUUCACAGAGAUUCAUCCAGAAGCAAAACUAUGGUAAGCGUUCUAAUAUGUUUUUUAUAUAAUGACAUAAUUUUUUUUUUUUUUGAAAAUGUAGGCACAAAAUGCAUGAUUUCCAUUUUUAUGAAUUUCAUGUACAAGCUAUUUAUUAUGUCGGUGGAUUCGGUGGGUUCAACUAUAUCGGCUGGAUACCACCAAGACUAUAUCAACAACCAUCAUCAUUAACACUCCAAGAAGUCGGCAGUCAU